AUGGCGGCCGAGGCUCGCGAGAUCCUAGGCUGGCGGCUGGGGGCGCCGGAUCUCGGGUGCGCGUGGGUCGUCGAGGUCGGCGCCAGUGGGUACAGGCACAGAAGACCAACCAUCAGUCUUACCUGCAUUGGGCUGGGUAUGGGCGCAUCGCAGAGCAUGUGCACCAUCCGGCCAUUGGUGGCGGCCAUCUGCUUCCACCAGAUGUUCGAGGGCAUGGGCCUCGGCGGCUGCAUCCUCCAGGCGGAGUACGACGCAAGGAUGAAGGCCGGGCUGGUCUUCUUCUUUGCCACCACCAUGUCGUUCGGGGUCGUGCUGGGACUGGCGCUCACCGGGGUGUACCGGGACAACAGCCCCACGGCGCUCGUCGUCGUCGGCCUGCACAACGCCGCCUCCGCGCGGCUGCUCCACUACAUGGCACUCAUCGAGCUCCUUGCCGCCGACUUCCUGGGGCCCAAGCUGCAUGGCAGCGUCCGGCUCCAGCUCGUCUGCCUCGCCGCCGUCCUCCUCGGCGUCGGCGCCAUGCCACGUCCGUCAGCAAUCGUGCUCCAAGCUUCGGCCGCCUGCUUUCCAGAUCCACCCCCUGAGCACCACUUCCAACCGGAUCCAGCAAAAUCCGGCAGGUAA